AUGGCCCCACCGUUCCUUAGCCGUCCCGAGAUUCAACACCUCGUUGGAAACUUUUUGAUCGAUUUCUACAACCGCGAGGACGUCGAGAAUUGGGAAGAUGUGCAAAGAGCCACUAUCGAUGCUAUGGGAGACAUCAUCGUGCAGCUUGCUCGGGGGCAAGCGCAGGCGCAAGCAGGAGGUACCAAUACCUCUCCGGAACCGAUGGACUUAGACGAUGGUGAGGCUGUACAACCUGAAGGACCAGAUUCAGAUGACACUUCAGAUCCAGAUAACUUUGUGAGAGACGACAUCCCUCCCCAGGCGCUCAAUAACGCUUCCGGCUCCCGAGACAAGCCCGAUUCAGGCUCGGAGUCUGAGGAGUCUUCGUCGAAGAAUCCCCGCAGCGGUAGAGGAGAAAUCAAGACUAAGAAUACCCCACGGAAGAACACCAAGGUAAAGUCUGACCGUGUUGCAAGCCUUGAACAACGCAAGACGAACCGAUGUGUGUUGGAGUGUGACUUGGGCUACACGACGACGGAUCGUCUCAAGAGACAUUACAAAUCUCACCACCCUGGCUGGGAGGACGCAGUUGUGGCUGCUGGCCAGACCAUCUUUGCUAAUCAGCGCAGCUACACGAGGCGAGACACAUGAGAGGGGGCAUGGUUUUCCAAUGUGAGGGGUAUGUUGUGUGCAUGAUUUUGCUGAUGAGAGUACAGAAAAGGGUCUUUUAGUUUUUGUCUGAAUUUUAUUUUCAAGUUUCAGGUAAUGGCAAUUGAUGCGAGGAGAAAUAUCAUGAUACCCAAGCCGGAC